AUGCAAAUGAACCUCCUCCUUUCCACAGUAAGCUGUUCUGAACCAGACAGAGCUUUCGAGAAGAAAGAGAAAGGAAAAUCAGAACACAGCUAUGACUGCUUGAAAAACAACCCAACGGUUGCACUGAAGGGUCUGUGUUCAGCCAUUUUGCAGAGAAAAGCUGACAAAGAGACAGAGGAGGACUUUAAACCACUGAAAAGUAAACGGAUGAACCCUUUUCUGAGGAACUCCAUCAGGAGAUGGUGUAGCCCCCUGCUGAUUCCCUGACGUGUGGAGGAGAAGUGAAAGGGAGCGAAGAAGAUAGCAGGGGAGGAACUGUUCGUGUUACCGAGGGAGGAGUUGUCUUUCUCGCGUAGUGUCACCAGUGAGGAGGAGGCAGAAGCAAGUGCUUGUGGUCUCCUGAGAGAGAAAGAGAGAGAAAGAAAAAGAGAGAGAGAGAGAGAGAGAGGACGAGGAAGGGCUGCUAGUGUGACAGGAAGAGUAGAGCAGGCAAUGUGCCUCUGACUGGAGUAUGCUACAGACCAUUUAUGAGGGUGACUCCUACUUCUCCAGCGACAGCUUUGGCAAACUCCGUCUGCCUCAGGAACCCCACGACAGUGAUAUGCACAACGUUAACAACUCAGUGGACGUUAAGCCUGAAGUACCGUUGGCUCUGGAGCCUGUGUCUCCACUAGAUCUGCGGACAGACGCGAGAAUGCCGUCCCUGGGCUCGGACCCCAACGUGUGGGAGCGGCAACUGCAGCAGGAGUUGCUUCUCAUUCAGAAGCAGCAGCAGAUCCAGAAACAGUUGCUUAUAAAUGAGUUCCACAAGCAGCAUGAGAACAUGAUUCGCCAGCACCAGGUCCAGCUUCAGGAGCACCUCAAGCUGCAGCAGGAGCUGCAAGUGAUGAAGCAGCAACAAGAGCAGCUGGAGAAGGAAAGGAAGCUGGAGCAGCAAAACCAGGAAAGGGAACUAGAGAAACAUCGACGCCAGCAGCAGGUCCUAAUCCUCAGGAGCAAAGAGCGUGCACGAGACAGUGCAAUGGCCAGCACAGAAGUUAGACAAAAGCUACAGGAGUUUUUGUUGAGUAAAUCCACAAAAGACACAGCUUCCAAUGGAUCCUGUCAUUCAUUUACACAGAACUCCAAACUGUGGUUCACGGCCUCCCAUCACACCUCUCUGGAGCAGAGUUCACCUCCUCUGGGAGGAGUGUCACCGUCAUGCAAGUUCCCUUUACCCUCAAUACCGGACUGCAGAGAUGAUUUCCCUCUGAGGAAGACUGCCUCAGAGCCGAAUCUGAAGGUGCGCUCUAGGUUGAAGCAGAAGGUUGCAGAGAGAAGAAGCAGCCCACUUCUGAGGCGAAAUGAAGGAACCGUCAUGACUCCCUUCAAAAAACGAGCCCUGGAACUAAUGGACUCAACAGCCAGUAGCAGCUCCACUGGUUCAGGACCCAGCUCUCCAAACAGAGUCUCGAGUUUUCCAGGUGCUGAAAAUGGACCAUCACCUCUUCCAUCUGCUACUCACUCCGAGCGUUGGCCCUCACAGCCGAAGUUGCUUGGCUCUGAAGGUUCAGUGUCUGUGUUGAGCCUCUACACAUCACCGUCUCUGCCUAACAUCACGCUGGGCCUCUCUGCUGCGUCCUCCCCCAUCAAUGCUGGGGAGGCCAGUGGCGUGCUGCCUGUCAGGCAGUGUUUGCCUGCUCAGCUCCUAGGUCCUGUGCCUCUACCCAUCAGCAUGGACAGUAAAGUGAGCAGCAGCCAGCAAGCACUCCUACAGCAUCUUCUGCAAAAGGAGCAGCUCCGUCACCAGAAGAUCUUCUCUACUGGCCAAAGUCCAGGACCUGUUCACCCUCCUUCUCCUCUGGCCAUGACGGAUCGUAUCUCGGGUAGCGUGCGGCCUAAAUUGCCACGCCACCGGCCUCUGAACCGUACCCAGUCUGCACCACUGCCCCAGAGCAUACUAGCCCAGCUUGUCAUUCAGCAGCAGCACCAACAGUUCCUCGAGAAGCAGAAACAGUAUCAGCAACAGGUUCACAUUAAUAAGCUGUUUUCCAAGUCCAUCGAACAGCUGAGGCAGCCGAACGGACACCUGCCUGAGUCUGAGGAGGAAGAGGGAGAGGAUGCGCGUGAUUACAUCAUGCAAGAGGACAGCUCGCCCUCUUCUGGAGUCAUCCGCAAGUGCAGCUCCAGCUGCAGGAGCAGCAACAGCAGCAUCCACAGUCCGAGUUUGCUCGAUGAAGAAAUGGAUGCUCCUACUAGGGUUAUGAGAAUCAAACAGGAGCCUGCUGACAGUGAUGAUGAAACGCAUGCCAAAGAGAGCCUAGUGGAGAAGAAGAAUGCUUACCUUCACCAGGUUGAAGGAAGGCUCGUGAUACAGGCUAUGAACUGAUCUCACACACGCACACGCACACACACACACACACACACACAAAAUCAUGCCAGGUUAUGCCACCGUAAGCCCUUUGGACUGUAGACAUUUGUGACCUUGUGAUGUGAUCUUUGUAUUGUAUAAUGUAAUGAUCUGUAUAUAAUUUGAAUAAGUAAAAAAAAAAAAUCUAGACUGGUAUAUCUUAAAAAAAAAAAAAACGAAGAAGCAUCUUUGUUUGUAAGAAGACUUUUGAAUUGUACUUACUUGUCCUUUCUACUUCCCAUCCACCCACUGAAAAAGAGCUAUGCUAGAGCUCAUGUAGUAUAAUCACUGACUUUUUUUUGACACUUCGGAUUUCGCAUAGCUUUCAUUUGAGAUGAUUUUGUUCAUUUUAUUGUUUCCAGUGUAAAACACACCAGGAGCAUUGCUAUGGCACCAGCAUGCUUCUUGUGUAAUGAAGCUUUAGAACAGUCCUCUGUGUCCUGGGUUCUCCUAGGGGUCUGUAUCAAAGUCGGGCCCUGAGCAGUGCUCGGCUCGGCGGCUCGCUCGGAGUGAGAGAGGGCUGAGCAGGAAAUGCCUGGUGGAAGCCAGGAACCAGAGUGAUUCAUGAGCACAGGAAUGUUGGGAGAGGACGGGUUCAGCAUUCAGCAAAGUCCAUGAGGCCAGUCACGAGCCCUGAUUUACUAUCAGGGCAAAUUACAAAAUGAGUAAGGAAACAGGGGAGCGAGUCCCUAUUUAAAGCCAAUUAUUUCCACUUUAGGCUGGAAUAAUGUGUUCACCCUCUAACAUAAAGAAUUUGACGUUUGUUCCUUCUUUGUCUCUUUUCGAAGUGCGAUUCAUUAUUGCUGAUUAUUUCCUGUCCAAAGUGGUCAGACAAACGUAACUUUAAUAUUUCCAUAGGUACCAUUUCUCUUGUAACUUUCCAUCAUUUGUCUUGUUUAGCCCGUUUAAUGUAAAAGCAUUAGUGGGAGUAAUAAUAUGCGUGAGAUCCUGUUCCACAAUGCUGCCACAUAAGUGGCAAAGAAAACUUCUUCAUUAUGUGACUCACCAUGACAUCUUUAAAAGCAAAGAAUUUGGGCAUGUCUGUCAGUGUGCUGUUCUCCUGUUCCUCUGUCCAGUAGCAGUAAGCUCUUCUUCACUUCAUAGCUGUUUGGUACUGUCUUUUUAAAAAUAAAGUAUGUUUCCAUCCUGUGA